AUGAAUAGAAAUCCCAAACCUCAACAGAAGCCAAUUCAGCAGACAAGUCCCACACCAAUAACCCAGCCAACAGAUACUUAUGUCCAACCUUUUCUUAAAGAGUUAGUUCCAGAACUGUCAAGUUUGGAGAACUUAAAGGAUGCUGAACGUCGCAUAGACGUUUAUUUGAGUAGGAAAAGGAUUGAUUUGCAUCAAUCAAUAACUCAAUGGACCUAUCAAAAGCCUCGGGACUAUAACGAUACCCAAUAUUUGCGAAUCUUUAUCUCCACUAUAGCUGAAAAUCAGCCCUGGCAGACAAGUUCCGAUGACCUAGAGCUCGGUAACUGGACUCUUCGAAUUGAGGGUAGACUUGUUAAUAAUGAAGCAGUUGAUUCUGCUAGAAGGCCAAAGUUUAGCACAUUUUUGCAAAGCAUUGCGAUAGAUUUCCAUAAUAAGGAGGCUACUCCUGUGGAGAAGGAAGAACAAAAUAAUGAGCAAGUCAUAGAUAAGAUAGCGGAGUCAGGCGUUUCGCAGGUGCAGCAUUCUCCUAUUCCUUCUUCUAAGAAGUACGACAUUGUAGAAUGGCAUGCGGACCCUAAUUCCCCUGUGGAGUUUGAUGGUCUCGAUAUAAAGCGAAACGGAACGGAGAAUGUCGACUGUACUAUUACGAUCCAGCCAAAGGGCUACACUGGUGACCAGCUGCAGUACUCUGAAGCUCUUGCUUCUGUUGUUGGUACCUCUAGGGGUACAGUACACGAAGCUAUAUAUUCGCUGUACAAGUACAUUCUGUUAAAUGACCUGUUGAUGCCUGAUGAAAAUGCCAACUACAAGAGCAAUCAAAAUGAUGACAAGAUGGUCGUCAAGAUAGACUCAAUGAUAGUCAAGCUCCUGACAUCCAGCAAUGUCAAUGAGCCUAAAAAAUACUUGAGACUAAUGGAGCUGCCGCAGCUAGUGAAUAACCACCUCAGUCCUAUUCCCCCAGUAAAGCUAAACUACACAAUCCAAGUAGACAAAGCAUCUACUUAUGGCGAACUAGCAUUCGAUAUAGAGGUACCAUCGGCUCUGGUGAACCAAACCGAUCUAAAUGGUCUCCCUCCAAACCCUCUAGCACAGCAGGGUAUGAUGCUACUGACCGAAUUCAAUACUCUAUCUAGCCAACUAGAGCCACAAUUCGCUAGCUUGGACAAGAGAUCUCAACUGCUUUCGCUCCAGCUAAACUCAACGGCUAACAAAUACCAGUUUUUCAACAAGCUUUCACAGGAUCCUGUACCAAUGUUAAAAGACUACAUGAAAUCUACUGUCAAUGCUCUAAAGGUUUUAAGUGGAGAUGACGGAUUUGAUGAGGAUACAGUCAGAAGGUCCAAAUUCUACCAGGAGAACGAAGCUGUGUUGUUUGAAAACCUAGGUGUAUUGCUAUCUAACGGCAGAAUGUAA